AUGCCGGUUGUAAAUUCCACCGACGAGGGUUUGAAAAGAAAUGAGUUGAACUUCAAAAUGCUGGCUACGGUGCCUGUAUUUCCCGCGCCGAGUGGUGCCCCACUUGUAUCGUUGCAGAACCGCUACAUGAAGCCGCUUCCGGUAAUCAAUCAGAUGCAACUUGACUGUCAUUCUGUCCACCGCGCCGUGACAAUUCCAGGGGAUUUCCAUGAGGAGAACCAUCUCCCAUGUUUAGGCGAUACUACAUUCUCGGAGCCGUCCGAAGGCAAAGGAGCAGUGGAGUUGAAGGAAGUUAGGAACGUCGGUAAGCUUAACAGCCACACUCAGGGGAUAUUGUUGUUGUUGACACACCACAUGCGAAGGCUGGCGGUGGAAUACCACGCGGGCUACCACUACCUUGAGGCGUUUCUGGGGGACCUAGAUAAUUUUGAAAGUGUGCGAUCUGCAGGACACCAGCGCUUGCUCACACUUGACCGAAUGCGGAGCGUCCAUUACUUCCUCCAGUGA